CGUGACGUGUACGAUAAAAAGGUGUGCGAGAACACAUUCCACAUCUUGGACGCACUUCCCUGCGAACCGGCGAGCAGUAGAGGCGCACGAUCCGCGGUUUCACCUAACAGAGCCAACUCACUUAACAGCGCAAUGGCAACCAACUGGGUAUCGGUCAGUGUACACGGUCCGUAUCCACCGCACAUGGUGCCCGGCGGCCAGGAUAGUGAUGGGUGUCAGAUUUUCGUUGGCCGCGCCCAUCACGCCGGCGAUCUGCUGCCGGCCAAGGUGAUGCCGGAUAAGAAUGCCGCAUACGUUCCGUACGGUGGCCAAGAAACGUUCGUCGACCAGGUGGAGGUGCUGGUGCAGAAGCAACUGAUCUGGGACACGUGCACGGCCGGCCAGGUGCCGUUGGGUGCGAUGGUUGGUGGCCGUACGGCCGACGGUGAACCACUGUACAUCGGACGCGCCUACCACGAGGGCUCGCAGACCGUCGGCAAGGUGCAAUGCUCGCACAACUGUAUCUACAUCGCGUACGGUGGGGCGGAAGUGCCCGUGCACACGUACGAAGUGUUGUGUGAACGGUAAAAAGCGCCGCGAGCGCAUCCAAAAGACGGAAAAUACAUUUCAAUACGAAGCAUAAUUGGAAGCAAAAGAUUCAAAAUUGCAUGAACUAUAUUGAGCGUUUUAUCACAACUGAUUUCUUCUUAUUUGAUUGAUUUGGCAACCUCCGGUCACAGUCCGGCAACAGGCACUUUCGACUGUUAUCAGCGUGACUGAUGGCUUUUGUUUCUUCGAAAGCUUGAUAAAGUUUGCACUCGGGACGCGGUGACCUGCCCGAUAAAAUGUGCCCAGACGCCGCGCUG